UUAAUUGGUCAAUUAUUUUAGGAUACCCCAAAACAAUCAGUACAAAAUUUCACUCACGAACCAAUCAGAAAUUCGGAUACAAAAUAAGACCAGAAAUAGCUGAAACAUUUACAGCAGGGUUGUCCUACAGGAAGAAGUCGAUUAAAAAGUUACAAGAAAUCCCUUAACGCAUUUGUAAACAAUUGACACUAUGGGGUCUCCAGCCUCAGAUGAUGAGGAACCCGAAAUACCAACCAAGGUACAUGUACCACACCACUUGUCAGAACAUUUGAAAGUUCAAUCAACGGGAGAAUCAAUCAAAUCAGAUAAACGGCCAAAAUCUGCAGAUGCUGCUACUAGAACUGUUGAUUCCACACAAAAUAGUACACAAGAUUUACAACAUCAAUACCCUCUAUCAAAUCAAGCAAGACGAUCUUCCCUCCCACCUGGAUUAUUAGAAAGUGGAGAGAUAAAUAGUUUAUGUGGACAAAUGUUACGAUACAUGGGUGAUGAGCAAUAUUCUAUGGCUUGUAGUCGGCAUUUAAGAUGUAUGGGCGACCAGUUAUGCUACAAUUACUUCAUUAGAAAUGUAAUCAGAAGUUCAGGAGAGUUUCAGCACCAGAAUCAAAAUUCUCAUGCUUUGACAAAUUCCAAUUCUACACCAAAUUUAUCAAAGCAUUGAAAACAACUAUUUGGAUGCCAGUUAUGAACAUGUACUCAGUAUCUAUACCCUUUAUGUAAAGUUUCGUUGGUGUAUUCAAGCGUAUCAGCAUGAAAAGUAGUUUUUUUGGAACAUGAUUAGACCAGAAAAAUGUACUGUGUCUACUAAAAUAAAUAGUGGGAUAACAUCCUUGAAAUAUAUAAAGGUUCAGGAUUUAACACGUAUGUUUGCACAUUAGUUACUGAGAAAAGUUGAAAAUCAUGCAAUUACCACACCCUUAUAAAAAAAAACCUGGGUAGAACACUGACAUUUUUUUUUAAAUAACAUGUAUAAAAUUAAAUUAAAGAUAUAAACAAAGUCAGUCAGAGACCAUAUUAAACAGUAAAUAUUAUUUUUGGUCUGAUAAAAUUAAAGCAGGAUGACUUUUAAAAUUGUCCAAAUGGUUUCACACAUAAGUUUUAAAGCAGCAUGAAUGUUUAUGAUGUGUAUUGAUGGAUAAAUGAGUUAAAAAAAAUGUACCUUCUUUUUUUAAAUUCUAUUGGCAUUUGGUGUGAAAAUUCUUAAAGCGAGCAUUAUUUUUACAGGUGCUUAUGUUGAAUUUAACUCCUUUUCUACCUCAACAUCUUUAAGAGCCUUUAAAAAAUGAAACCUUUACAAAUGAAAGUCCAUAUCAUUGUUUACAAUGGGAGACAACUCAAUCAUAAUUUAGGUGUAUUAAGUAACUUAUUCUAACAUAUCAUAGAUUAUAUGUAUAAAAUAUCAAAAAAAUUGUUGUAUCUCAAUCUGUCCAAAAAAUAGAGACAUUUUAUAUAUAAAACUUAUGUAA